AUGGUCGGAAGAAAACGCACCGUCUCCCCAAGAAGCUCCAGACGAAGAACGGGGAGCGAAAAUGACGAACCAGAUAUUUAUCAGCAGAUGCUCACCGAGGCCGGGGUGUCGGCGCCCGAACACGACUCGCCGGAACGCCCGUUGAAAAGAAGGCGCCCGGGGGGGUCGCAGCCCAAGGUGCCUCGCUCAGAUCAUUCAAAUGAGCCAUCACGGACAAGUGCGCAGCUGGACACUCAGAAAAGUGACGGCGGCGGCGACGACGACGACGAUGACGAGGAUAUUGAAUUCCAAGACGUGGUUCUCCCAACGCCAACAAUGCAAACUAUGGAGCUCGAGUCUGAUGAUGAGACUGAUGAAGAUGAAGAUGAAGAUGUACAAUUCCAACAUGUCGACUUUACUUCGUCUCUUCCGGACACGGAAACCGCUGCUGGAAAAUCGAACAACCUCGAACUCAAUUUGACUGCUCACCUAUCUGCCGCAUCACUGUCACGGCGACCGGGCCACCGACGCAAACCGAUCUCCAAGGAAGAAAGAGAGCGUCGCAUUGAUAUACAUAGAGCUCAUCUGCUCUGCCUUCUGUCGCACGUCGCGCGGAGAAAUCAUUGGUGCAAUGACGAACGGGUACAGGAAUCUCUGCGGCCACACUUGACUGACAAGACGGUUGAUUUUCUCAACCCGGGGCCUCAUUUGCCGCAGUUUGGCCAGGCUGAAAGCUUGAAAAAUGGCCUCAGACAGGCAGCCGAUGUGUGGAAGGCCCAGUUUAAGAUAACAGAGCGAGGGCUACGGAGGGCUCUUUGGGCCGAAGAUAAGGAACAAUUGCAACGUUACGAACCUGCUGAUGAUCUGGAUUCAUGCUUAGACCGCGCUGAUUUUCGCGAAGCGGCGAAGAAACUGCAGGGGUCAAGAGAUGUAGGGGCGCAGCUAUACUGUGCUUUGUUACGAAGCGUUGGUGUGCGGACGAGGUUGGUGUGCUCGUUGCAGCCGCUGUCCUUUGGGUCCAGCGCCCCGACGUUACCAAGGGCGGCAGAACGUGCUCCUAAAACGACGCGAAGUGAUGGAACAAGAGACGCCUUGGCACAGUAUGAGGCUCGUGCCGCGAGUGCUGGCAUGUCGACGGGAUCUGCGGGUGGCACGAGUGCGCGUCGAAGGUUGGGUCACCCGAAUGCCACGGCUUACAACUUUCAGCCGAGACCUGCCGCUCCCAAAGAAUGGCGGGCGUUCGGUUCACCGAUACGCAUUCGCGAAUCGGCUCAUCCGGUCUACUGGGUAGAGGUGUUGGAUACUGGGCAUCAAAAAUGGCAGCCCGCCGACCCCGUGGUCACGGGUACAUCUUGGAAACCAAGAGCGUUGGAGCCGCCGGUUGCCGACAAGGAGAACAUGCUUGCGUAUGUUGUCGCAUUCGAAGCCGACGGGACCGCAGCAGAUGUGACGAGGAGAUAUGCCAAGGCUUACACGGCAAAGACUCGCCGUUUGAGAGUGGAAACAGCCCUCAACGACGGCGGGCAGUGGUGGCGCAGGGCUCUGCAGCCUUUUCGACGGCGACAUCCGACAGACUUGGACCAAAUUGAGGAGAAUGAAUUGACGGGUUUGGAGGCCCGAGAGCCGAUGCCGAGAAAUGUACAGGACUUUAAGGACCAUCCUGUAUUUGCGUUGGAGCGACAUAUGAGGCGGCACGAAGUCCUGGUGCCGGGGGCCAAACCGUCAGGGACGGUGGGCGCCGGAAGUCGGGGCCCCUUGGAAAAGAUAUACAGGAGACGGGAUGUUCGCAUAGCACGGAGCGCAGAGAAGUGGUUCCGCCUGGGGCGAGAGGUGAAACCCAAUGAAAUACCAGCCAAAUGGUUGCCAAAGAGGGCACGUCCCCGAGGAUUUGGGGUUGACGACACAGACAAAGCAGAUGGGGAUGAAGAUGCCGGCACCCCCAUAUACACCAUGGAGCAAACGAUACUCUACGAACCACGUCCGGUGCGCGACGGACGCGUGACCAAGAACAAGUUUGGCAAUAUUGAGGUCUACGUGCCCAGCAUGAUACCCAAGGGAGCUGUACACAUCGUUCACGAGCACGCAGCCCGAGCUGCAUUCAUAGCAGGCGCCGACUACGCACCGGCCCUCACGGGUUUCCAGUUUAAAGGGCGACAGGGAACAGCUGUGCUCAACGGAAUCGUCGUCGCCAAAGAAUUCGAGGCGGCUGUUCGUUGUGUGAUUGACGGACUCGCAGAUGUAGAGCAAGAGAUGGAAGAUGGACGCAGGAGGCUAGCGGCGCUGAAGUUGUGGAGAAGGCUUCUAAUGGGACUGCGUAUUCGGGAAAGAAUAUGGAGCGGUGUGGAUGAGGAGGAGAGGAAAGAGGCCGAUAGAGAGGCCGAGAUGGAGGCAGCUCUGGCCAACGCGGAGAGCGAUGUUACGGAUGAGUUCGACAUGGUAGUAGAUAGUGAGGGCGAGGGCGGCGGGUUCGUGCUUGAAUAA